AAAAUCCUCUCAUACAACCAAUCCUAUACACACACACACUAACUCACUCACUCUCUUCAGCUACUAUAUACUUUUGCAUUUUCUCAACCUAACACUUCAAUCUCUUUCACUAUCUAAUUCUCUAGUCUCACGUUCCUCCAUGUGAUAUUCUCUUCUAGCUCGCUCCAUAUUCCCAUUCUUUAGAAAAACUUGAAUUUCGCCGAAUUUUGGAGUCGAAUUGGUGGUAAUUAAUUAACAUGGCUCCGAAAGCUAGUAAGGGAAAACCGCAUAAGGCUAAAGGCGAUAAGAAAAAGAAGGAAGAGAAAGUGUUACCAACGGUUAUAGAAAUUGGAGUCGAAACACCAGAAGAAUCCCAAGUGACACUAAAGGGAAUAUCCACGGACAAGAUAUUAGACGUUCGGAAGCUUCUAGCGGUCCAUGUGGAGGCGUGUCACUUGACCAAUUACUCUUUUUCACAUGAGGUGCGUGGGGCAAGGCUAAAAGAUACCGUUGAAAUCGCAUCUCUCAAACCAUGUCACUUAACGGUCAUCGAAGAGGAUUACACCGAAGAUCUUGCCGUCGCGCACGUGCGCCGGUUACUGGAUAUCGUCGCCUGCACCACCGUGUUCGGCGGCUCGUCAACCAAAAACACCGCCGGAAUCCGACCGGCAAACGAUGGCUCGAAAUCUCCGAAAACGGAAGUUACAAUCAGUUCCGAUCAGUCUGAGAAAGUUGAUCCGAUGGCGGAGAUUUAUCCGCCUCCGAAGCUUGGCCAGUUUUAUGAUUUCUUUUCCUUCUCUCACCUCACACCUCCUAUCCAAUACAUUAGGAGAUCCGCUCGGCCGUUUCUUGAAGAUAAAACAGAUGACGAUUUCUUUCAAAUUGAUGUGCGUGUUUGUAGCGGGAAGCCAAUGACUAUUGUUGCUUCCAGAAAAGGUUUCUAUCCAGCUGGGAAAUGUAUUCUUACAAGUCAUUCAUUGGUUGGUCUUUUGCAGCAGACAAGUCGUAUAUUUGAUGGUGCAUACAAAGCUCUCAUGAAAGCAUUCAUUGAGCAUAAUAAAUUUGGUAAUCUCCCUUACGGUUUUCGAGCAAACACCUGGGCCGUACCUCCAGUUGUUGCAGACAAUCAUUCACUUUUUCCACCACUUCCUGUAGAAGAUGAAAAUUGGGGAGGAAAUGGUGGUGGUCAAGGAAGAGAUGGUAAACAUGAUCAUAGACAGUGGGCAAAGGAAUUUUCGAUUUUAGCAGCAAUGCCUUGUAAAACUCAAGAAGAGAGGCAGGUUAGAGACAGGAAAGCUUUUCUGCUUCAUUGUUUAUUUGUCGACGUUUCAGUUUUGAAAGCGGUGGAAGCCAUUAAAAGUCUUGCAGAAAGUAGCAACUGUUCUACAGUUGUUUCCAUUAACUCAGUUUUACAUGAAGAGAAAGUCGGUGAUUUGGUUAUCAGAAUUACAAGAGAUGUUGCAGAUGCAAGCACAAAGAUUGAUGGUAAAAAUGAUGGAAGUCGUGUUCUUGGAUUGUCACAGGAGGAGCUUGCUAAAAGAAACUUGCUUAAAGGCGUAACAGCAGACGAGAGCGCAACCGUUCACGAUACUUCUACUCUAGGCAUAGUGGUGGUUAGACAUUGUGGUUAUACUGCUGUCGUGAAAGUUGAAGGAGAAGUAAAUUGGGAUGGAAAACCGAUCCCCCAGGAUCUUGACAUUGAAGACCAACCUGAAGGAGGUGCUAAUGCUUUGAACGUCAAUAGUUUAAGGAUGCUAUUGCAUAAGUCAUCAGCACCAUCACCAUCUGGUGCAGUACAACGGGUGCAGGGUUCAGAUGUUGAAGAUUUGCAGUCUGCUAAGGUCCUAGUCAAGAAAGUAUUGGAGGACAGUGUGCAGAAAAUGCAGGAAGAAGACUCUAAACACACAAAAUCUAUUAGAUGGGAGCUUGGAGCAUGUUGGGUGCAACAUUUACAAAACCAAGCUUCUGGGAAAUCCGAUUCUAAAACUGCUUCAGAAGCUAAGGUGGAACCAGCAGUGAAGGGUCUUGGCAAGGGAUUACUGAAGGAAAUUAAGAAAAAGUUUGAUGAAAAAAGCAGCAAGGCUGAACAAGAAGUUGCCACAAUAAAUAAAUCAGAUGAUAGUGGCAACAAAGAGGCUGCAAAAUUGGAUGAGGAAAAGGAAAUGAUGUGGAGAAAAAUGCUUCCCGAAGCAGCUUAUUUGCGUCUCAAAGAAUCAGAUACCGGCCUCCACCUUAAGUCACCUGAUGAGUUAAUUGAGAUGGCGCAUAAGUACUAUGAUGAUACUGCCCUCCCGAAGUUGGUGGCUGAUUUUGGCUCCCUUGAACUUUCACCUGUUGAUGGAAGAACACUAACAGAUUUUAUGCACACAAGGGGUUUGCGGAUGUGUUCCUUGGGCCGAGUGGUUGAACUUGCAGACAAGCUCCCUCAUGUUCAAUCACUCUGUAUUCACGAGAUGGUUGUUCGAGCUUAUAAGCAUCUAUUGCAAGCAGUUGUUGCAGCUGUUCAUAAUAUUGCUGAUCUGUCUGGGUCAAUAGCAUCAUGCUUAAAUCUGUUGCUAGGAACACCUAUGAGCAAUGAUGACGACUUAAAAUGGCAGUGGGUAGAAUGCUUUUUGUCCAAGAGAUAUGCCUGGCAAUGGAAAAACGAAUGUCGUACUGAUCUUCGCAAGUUCUCCAUUCUUCGAGGGCUUUGCCAUAAGGUUGGACUCGAGCUCGUUCCAAGGGAUUAUGAUAUGGACUCCUCGUCUCCAUUCAAGAAGACAGAUAUCAUUAGCAUGGUUCCUAUAUAUAAGCAUGUUGCAUGCUCUUCUGCGGAUGGACGUACACUUUUAGAGUCAUCUAAAACAUCAUUGGACAAAGGUAAAUUGGAGGAUGCUGUCAAUUAUGGAACUAAGGCACUCUCAAAACUUGUAUCUGUCUGUGGUCCUUAUCAUCGAAUGACAGCAGGAGCAUAUAGUCUUUUGGCCGUGGUGCUCUAUCACACUGGAGAUUUUAAUCAAGCUACCAUCUAUCAGCAAAAAGCUUUGGAUAUUAAUGAGAGGGAACUUGGACUCGAUCAUCCAGAUACAAUGAAGAGUUAUGGGGACCUGGCUGUUUUCUACUAUCGUCUCCAACACACGGAGCUAGCUCUCAAGUAUGUGAACCGUGCGUUGUAUCUUUUGCAUUUAACAUGCGGACCUUCUCAUCCAAAUACCGCCGCUACCUACAUUAAUGUAGCAAUGAUGGAAGAAGGUUUAGGAAAUGUACAUGUUGCCCUUAGAUACCUUCACGAGGCUCUCAAGUGUAAUCAAAGACUGCUCGGAGCAGACCAUAUACAAACGGCUGCUAGCUAUCAUGCUAUUGCGAUUGCUCUCUCUUUGAUGGAGGCAUACUCAUUGAGUGUUCAGCACGAGCAGACCACUUUGCAGAUACUGCAGGCUAAACUUGGACCUGAAGAUCUUCGUACUCAGGACGCAGCUGCGUGGCUUGAAUACUUCGAGUCCAAGGCUCUGGAGCAACAAGAAGCUGCACGCAAUGGUACUCCAAAGCCUGAUGCAUCUAUUUCUAGCAAAGGCCAUUUGAGUGUAUCCGAUCUGUUGGAUUAUAUAGCCCCAGAUGCAGAUAUGAAAGCACGCGAGGCCCAAAAGAAACAAGCUCGAGCAAAGCUGCUUAAAAUCAAAUCGGGACAAAAUGAGGAAUCCGCGAUUGAUGAGCUUCAAAGGGAUGAAGUGUUGUCACCAAAAAGUCCUAUUCCUGAUCAUUCUAGUGAAAAAGAUAUAGAAGCCGAAACACAGAACAAAACUGAAAGCAAAAAAGAUUCUGUGGAUAUAAAACCAGAUCUAACUGAACCUGAGCAGAUAGAAAGGGAGCAAGUGAGUGAAGUUGUAGAAAUAGACAACUCUGAUGAAGGAUGGCAAGAAGCUUUAUCUAAAGCAGGGCGUAAAUCUGCAAGUUCUAGAAAACCAAAUCUUGCAAAAAUAAAUACAAAUUUCUCAAAUGCUUCCCAGUCAUCAAAAUAUAGAUCAAAGUCUACUAAUUACACAUCCCCAAGAACAAAUGCCACUGAGCCUGCUACUUCCACCGGGUCGCCAGCUGGAGUUGCCAAAAAGUUUGUGAAGAGUCAGAGUUUCAGUCCAAAGCCAAACAAUCCUUCUAACACGCCUCCAACUUCAGGGUCAAAUCCAAAGUCAAACCCAUCUAGUCCAGCUUCAAAUGAUCAGGUUGUGAAGCGUUCUCCCAUGCUAAGUUCAAUCAGUGUCAAAGAAGCUGGAAAACUUUUUUCUUACAAAGAAGUUGCUCUCGCUGCACCUGGCAGCAUCGUGAAGGCCGUGGCUGAAAAGUUACCAAAAGACCCUUCUCCAGUGAACACGGAUGAAACAGAAAAAGAAUCCAAGAACGAAAACACUGAAAAACUUGAUACAGAAGUGGUUCAAGCUCCGGAAGAGGAGCAGAAGAACACCAUUGAUGAAAGGAAGGAAGAAAAAGAAGUAAGCAAAGAAUCCGGUCCUGUAAAAGCUGAUGCAGCAAAACCCGAGACCGGAAAAGCUGAACCUCAUAAAGUUGAAGCUGAAAGACCCAAACCUGAAAAAUCUGAAGCUGAAAACCCCAAACCUACAAUGUUGGAAUCAGCAACCACUGAAAACUCCGAUUCCUCAAAGAAAGCAGACAAUGAUGAUAAACAUGACCCCAAAGAAGUAGAGAUUUCUGAGUCAGGUCAAGAUGAUGUGAAAGAAGUGUCUGCAGAAAAAGAUGAAAAAACACCCAAUGAUGGUGAAAAUGGUAAAGAGAUAACUAAGAAGCUUUCUGCAGCUGCGCCGCCAUUUAAUCCAUCUAACGUUCCGGUUUUUGGAUCGCUUCCAAUACCUUUGAAAGAUCAUUUAGGAAUAUUACCACCACCUGUAAGUAUUCCUACUAUGGUCACCGUCAACCCGGCUCGUCGAUCUCCACACCAGUCAGCAACAGCCCGGGUUCCAUAUGGUCCACGCCUUUCUGGUGCCUAUAACCGAUCGACAAACCGAGUCCCACGUAGUAAGCCCACAUUUGAGCAUGUGGUGGAUGGAAGUCAUCUCAGCCCUCCAAGAAUCAUGAACCCACAUGCAGCUGAGUUUGUUCCCAGUCAACCUUGGGUUCAUAACGGUUACCUGGUUUCACCCGAAGGCUAUCCUCUCUCUCCAAAUGGUUAUCCUCUCGCCAUAAACGGGUUUCCAGCAGGUCAAGCUGGGUACCCAAUUUCCCCGGUUGACUCAGCUGAAUCACCAGUUAGCUCUUUAGAAUCCCCAUCAGUAAUCACUCAAGAAGUUACUGCAGAAACAAUGGAAGAGAACAAUGAGUCAACUGUUGAAACUAUUGGUCAAACUCAGUCUGAAAUAGAAGAAAAUCCUGCCACCAAGACAGCCACUGAACCACCGGAAACUGUUACCCAAACCGAAAAUGCAGUUGCUGAGAAACCUGUCAAAAGUUGGGGUGAUUACAGUGAUGGUGAAGCCGAGAUUGUGGAGGCUUCAAGUUGAAAGGAUAACUUUGUGACAUCAUUUUUCCUGAGUGAAAUGGUUUAUUGCUCAGAGGCUUUGGUUUGAAGAAAACUAAUGCUAUGUUUCAUCAGAAGCUCGGACUGGGGCAAUGUGAAAAACUGAUUAUAUCCCGUCACCUCGCUGCAGCCAGCAAACAUUCAUGAAUAUCGGGUAAGUGAACGAGGAGCUUUGGGAUUUUAUUUUUGGUAAAGCAAAUGAAAUUUGUUGACACGAAACUGCUGAGUACUGUAACUUUAUUUUUUCAGGCAAUUUUUAUAUCCUUUCUUACUAAUAAAGUAAUAAACCCAUAUUGGUUAAUAUAAGCUUUUAUAGUUUCUUGGUUGUA